CCUGGCUCUGUUGUUAAGUUAAUACAUCGAUGCACAAGUAAAUGCUGAACGGAGCGUAAAAGAAGUCCCGAGCCUAUUUAUUCGCAUGAUCCCGUGAUACCCGAUAUUGCCGUGCCUCCACCUUUAAAGCAUCCAGAGUAUUCCCAGUUACAAGAUAAAGCUCAUCCCUUCUUAGUCGAACAUUGGAGAGUUUUGGCAUUAAUCAACAUAAUCAAUAGCCAUAUUUCGCUGACCUAAAUUACUGAUACCAGCAAUGACUAUCAUCCGAGUUGCCGCAUGCCAUGUUUCUCCCAUCUUCCUCUCCGCCAAAGAUACAACCUCCAAAGCAAUUGUCUUAAUCAAACAGGCUGCACAGAACAGAGCCAAUUUGGUGGUGUUCCCUGAGACAUACAUCUCAGCCUUUCCCAUAUGGAGUUCCGUGCGAGCCCCCACUGAAAACCAUGAUCUCUUCAAGCAAAUGGCGCAUGAGUCCAUAUUCGCUGAUGGCGAUGAGAUAUACGCCAUUCGAAGUAUCGCCAAACAGGCGAACAUCAUGGUCAGCAUGGGCUUUUCCGAAAGAGCUCGCUUCAGCAGCACAACAUUAUACAACUCGAACCUCUUCAUCGGAAAUUCUGGAGAGGUUCUGAUUCAUCAUCGGAAAUUAAUGCCUACGUUCUUUGAGAAACUUACUUGGGCGCCUGGAGAUGGACAGGGGCUGCGCGUUGCAAACACGCCGUAUGGAAAGAUUGGAAACUUGAUUUGUGGAGAGAAUACCAAUCCUCUGGCUAGGUAUAGCCUCAUGGCUCAAGGGGAGAACAUACAUAUUUCGACUUGGCCGCCCAUCUGGCCAACUCGUGCUCCAGCGCCGGAUGACUCUUCGGCGGCAUCUGAGGGUGCAUCAGACAAGCCGAAUUAUGACAACGUUACGGCCAACAGAACCAGAGCAGCUGCUCAUUGCUUCGAAGCGAAGUGUUUCGGUGUUCUUUGUUCAGGUGUUCUGGGAGAUGAUGCCAUUCGAGCAGUUUCUGGAGGUUCGUCUCACUUGAGCCAGGUGUUGAGGCAGUCUCAACGCGGUGCGACGCAAUUUCUUGAUCCAGCUGGAGCACCUUUGAAGGGAUUCACCAUCGACAGUCAGACUGAAGAGGCUGUAGCUACCGAUUUCCUGCAGCAUGAUGAAGGAAUAAUUUAUGCCGAUCUUGAUAUUGAGGAUUGUAUUGAAGGGAAACAGUAUCAUGAUGUCGUUGGUGGAUAUCAGCGCUUGGAUGUUUUUGAUCUCAAGGUGAACCGUACUCGUAGGGAGCCGGUUACUUUCACUGAAGAUGUUGGAAAUCUUCCAUCUCAAGAUUGGAAACCUCUUGACUGAGGGAUUGUUCUUCGCGAGUUACUCAUUUUAUCCCAUUGCAUCAUUGCGAGGUAAUAUAGCUU